UUGAAUAAACAACAACAACAAUAAUUAUAAGAAAUUUAUUGAGAAGUGGAAAGGUGAAAAAGAAAACGGAGAAGAGGAGAAAAGGUUAAAUCUCGAUAAUGAUGAUAAAUCGUUUAAACCAAUGGAUAUUUGUGUUAAUUAUUAUUAUGUUUAAUAAAUUUAAUCUCAUUUUUACACUCAAUGAGGAAGAAGAUGUCAUUGAGAAAGGAAAUGCUUUGGGUCAAAAUAUAACUAAAAUACUAAAUGCAUUCUUCUCAAGUGGCUAUGAUAAACGAGUCAGACCUAAUUAUGGAGGUCCGCCGGUUGAAGUUGGUAUAAGUGUUUACUUUACAAGUAUCAGUUCAGUUUCUGAGGUUAAAAUGGAUUUUACUUCAGAUUUUUAUUUUAGACAAGAGUGGAAGGAUCCAAGAUUAUCAUUUGAUCCCUUACCUGGUAUAAGUAACCUUUAUGUUGGUGCUGAAGUUGCCAAGAAAAUUUGGGUUCCAGACACCUUUUUUGCCAAUGAAAAGCAAGCCUACUUCCAUGUUGCCACAACACCUAAUAGAUUCCUUCGUAUAGCCUUUUCAGGAUUGAUUUACCAAAGUAUUAGGUUAACAGUAACCGCAAGUUGUCCAAUGUCUUUACAAUACUUUCCUAUGGAUAGACAAGCCUGCUCAAUAGAAAUAGAAAGUUAUGGUUAUUCAAUGCGUGAUAUUAAAUAUGUUUGGUUAAAUGGUAACAAAUCAGUUGACGUUCAAGGCGAUGUAACGUUACCUCAGUUUAAAAUUAUGGGUCAUGAGCAAGAAUCAGCCAUAGCUGCUCUAACUACAGGCAAUUACUCACGAUUGAUUUGUAAAAUUAAAUUUUCACGAAGUUUGGGUUUUUAUUUGAUACAAAUAUACAUCCCUGCAAGCCUUAUAGUGGUGAUAAGUUGGGUCUCAUUUUGGUUACAUCGUAAUGCAACUCCAGCCCGAGUAUCAUUAGGAGUAACCACUGUCCUUACAAUGACAACUUUAAUGUCUUCAACCAAUGCCCAGCUUCCAAAAAUAUCUUAUAUUAAAUCAAUUGACGUUUUCUUGGGAACCUGUUUCGUUAUGGUUUUCGCUUCCCUCCUUGAAUAUGCCACUGUCGGUUAUCUUGGUAAACGGAUUGCCAUGCGUAAAUCAAGAAUUGAACAGUUAACCAAAUUGGCUGAUGAGCAUAGGAAAAAAUGUGCAGCGGCAGCGGCUGCUGCUGAUGCUGCUGUAGCCGAACAAAGUGCCGCUCAAGUUCCUCCCCAAUUAAUUUGUGCCACAACUGGAUUACCUUUAGAUCCUGCUCUUCAACUACCCUGUGGUAUUAAAAAUCCGGUUCACCAUCAAGGUAAUCGUUGCAUUGGAGGACCACCACCGAAAAUGGUUUAUGGUGGUUGCCCUCAGAAAAUGAACUCAAGAAUCUUGGAAGCCAAACAAUCAGGAAAAAUGAUGAAUGAAGCUAGCUCAAUGACCCUUGGUGGUGGUGGUGGACCUGGCAAUCAACCUCCACCCACUCCUGUACCUUUUGGUCCUAAAGAUCCUAAUAGGAUGUUAGGUGUAAGCCCAAGUGAUAUUGAUAAAUAUUCUCGUGUUGUAUUUCCAGUAUGCUUUAUUUGCUUCAAUCUAAUGUAUUGGAUCGUAUAUAUGCAUAUUAGCGCCUCUAGUUCGCCGAAUUAGCACAUUAACACCAACGAGCAAUCAAUGUGAAAGUAAAGUUUCAGGCGAAAGACUCAAAACUAAACGCAAAGCAAAAAAGUGAGGACAAGCUGAUUAAAGCCAACACCAAGCGCAAAGUCAAUGUAAAUUGUUUUCAUCUACAAAAUGGUGGUGAUGUUGAUGAUUAACAAAUUGAAUCAAGCUGAGGGAUUAAUGUCCACCUUUCUUUGCGUCUCUCCGUGGACGGUAAUGGUACAAUUGAUACAAUCGACAAUAAUCACCAUCUUGUAACUACCGGCAAAAACACAACAAAACUCAAACAAAUCAUCAACACACAAGCUCACAACAAUCUGAUAUUUUAGAGAUAUUGAUACAAAAACUAAGCUUAUCCUAAAAGCUCAAGAAAAUUGAAAAUUUGAAAAAAAGUAACUGAUUAGAGUAAAUCAAGUCAACAAUUUAACUUAAAAUUAACAAAACAAACUAAACGAAACUCAAUCGAUCAACUGAGGAAACCAAAGAAGAAGUAACCAAAAUGUGUUAAAGUUAAAUAAAUGAAAGCAAAUCUUUUAGGCUAUUAUUAUAAUUACUAUUAUUACAAUUAACUGUUACUGUAAGUGUUAUCAUAAAUUGAUAUGAUUACCAUUUACCAUUUUAGAUGAUUGUUUAUCAUCUUUAUUUAAUUCCGUUAGCCCAUCUUUACCAUUCCCUUUAAUUUUCAUGUUUUGUUGAAAAUUCAAAUUUUUUAUCAUUGCAUGUAAAAAACAAUGAAAAAAGCAAAUUGGUAAGCAAAAGUAAUCAAAUCAACGCUGAGACGAGAGUCAAAGGAUCACAAUUGUGAGUCAACACACAAAUUAAUCAUUGGAAUCUAUUCAACACUCUAUCAGCCUGGAUCCAAACAUUUUUUAAUUUUUGAUUUACAUCUCAUUUCAUCCUUCAUUUCAUCCUUCAAUCUCAACAUUUCCCGAAAAACCUUUUUUUGCCCCUAAAAUCCAAUAGCAAAAACAUAAUGAGGAAUCGUACAAAUGAAUUAUUCAAUAGCCUUGUUCUCAAUUAGAAUAAUUAAUGACUAGAAGCUGGAACUAUUGAGCUGUUCAAGGUGUACAACAGAUGGAAUCUUGUUUUGGUCAAUUUUUUCUAGACUUUUUUCCCUGGACGUUUCUAUUAAUGAGACAAAUCUCAGCUACCUUUUACAUUGAGACUCUUAUACAACAAACAUAUACAUUAAAAAUUGACACCAUUGAAACAAAUUUACUGAAAAGGACAACAAACUCAGAAUUAACCAGAAUUGCUCACUUCUUUGGUUUCACUUCAUCGUAACCCAAAUGUGGUUAACAUGGGUUAUGAUGAGCAACAACAUCAUAAUAGUGUUUAUAGAGAAACAGAUCACUUUUUUUGCAUCUUCAUUUUCAUCUCUAUCUUCCUGUCAUCCUCUUUUCCUCUUUUCCUCUCUUUCUAUCUGAUCCUUUGCUUAACCAAUCUUUCACUCAAUUAUAAUAUUAUUAAGUGCCUACUGAAUCUUGAAUCGCUCUCCCGUUGAUCACAUUGACACCAAUUGGACUGAAGCAUGAAAAUGAUUACAGAAAUGCGGAUGAACAUGAGGAACAACAGCAAACGAAGAAAAAAAACUCAACAUUAAAUUGAACAUUGUUAAUCAACUGAUUAAUUUAGAGCAAUGUGUUUCUUCUGUCGCUCUCAAAUUAGUGUCUAAAUUGCUCUCUUCAAUUAUUAUUGAGACAAUGAUGAUAAUAAUGUGAAAGUGUUUCUUAUUGUAUCAUUUUCAUUGCAAACAUUGUUUCUCUUCCAAAUUGUUUCGACCCUUUAUAAUAAUUAUCAUUGAACUUUUUUCCCCUUUCUCCUUUACUCUACCUCUUAAGGCAAUUUUAUAAUGGCUUAUGUUAGAUAUGAUCUAAUCAUGUUAUAAAUACAAAAUAUACCAUAGAGAGUGUUGCUUAUUUGAGGAAAACCUUAAAGCAAAUGAAAGGUCAAAUGGAUUCAUAUUGAAAUUGAUGAAAACUAAACUGAUGGUAAAAUGAAAAACAAUUGUAAAUUAAAAUCAAACUUGUUUCAACUUUGCUCAA